GUUUACGUUCUUACAAUGGUCGGUGUUCAAAAAAUUUGUUUAAAUAAUCUUAAUAUAAAUGUUUGCAAUGCUCUGAUAGUGGGUAUAAUAAUCGCUAAACACAGUCCAAGAAUUAUUGGAACAAAAAAGAAAAAUGGUGAAUCACGAGGAGUUAUGUCCUUUACUUUAAGAGAUUCAAAAGUAGAUACAGUAAAUAUUGACGUUUGGGGCUCCGAAUAUUUCGUAAUUACUUUCUAUGAACGAUUUUUAGUAGGGGACGUAGUUGAAAUAUCCUCACCAAAAAUAUCAGUGAAAGCUAGUGAGAAUGAUGCUUUCCGACCCCAGGUGUCAUCUCCGUUUUAUUUGUCCCUUAAUGAAGGCACAUCAGAAGUUAAUAUCUAUAAUGGUGACACGUUUUCGUUCUUUUUGCCCCUUCUUCAUAUUCCAACCAAGCCAUGCGCAGGAUAUUGUGGUUUAGCUGAAGUAUUGAAAUUUUCAGAGCAAACAAAUAAUGUUUAUGUCGAUUUGUUGGUACUGGUUAAAACAAUUCAACCCCCCAAAACAAUCAGAACUAAAAAAGGGACUGACAUGACAGUUCGUGCUGUGGAAAUAAUUGAUAAUACAACUCCAGGUUCUGUAUUCCUAGAUAUGUUCGAAAUGGAGACAAUUCAAAGGGCUGAAGAAUGGUGUCCAUUAGAAAGCGUGCUAUUCAUAGCGGAUGCACGUGUAUCUUGGCGAAGUCGUAUGGUUCGGGUACAAUCAUGUUCACGAACCGUCAUCACGCAUCAACCUCACACCCCUGAAGCAGAGGCACUAAGGCUGUUUAUACGGAACCAGGCGAGCUGCGGUGGUGAAGUAGCAGCUUGGGCAGCUUGGAGUGGGGAGAGGGCCAGCGCAGCCUCUGUUGCUCAAAUUAGAGACAGGCUCGCCUCAGGAUCGCCCUUUUCAGCUGCAUUACACGCUGUACUCACGCAUCUUGAUCUGGAAGACCUCGUUUCUACUACUAACGUUAACAUAGAAGACAUUCGAGUGCGGUUUGCAGACCAUACUGGGGAGUUAACAGCGCGUUUACCACUUAAUAUCCUAGGAGACGUUUUCGGAUAUAAUGCUGAUCAACUAAAGACUAUGACCAGCGAUGAUCGUGCUGCAAUCCGUUGGAGACUCUUACUGGAACAAUGCUCAGCUAAAUUGGGCAUAACUCCGCCUCGAGUUAUUGUACUCACGUUGAGACGCGCGUCAUCAGCUGAUCCAAUACCUUUGUACUGAUUUUUUAAACUUCAAAUUGUUUAAU